AUGAAAUUAAGGAAGUCUGCUCAAUGGAGUGGAACUAUUUUGUUAGUUACUUUAUUAUUGAAUAACAUAUCUUAUAUUUUGAGUUUUGAACCAUACUUUAAUAAAUCUAUAUUGACAGGUAAAUUAGAAUUUCAAGAUAAUGAAUUAAAUUUCGUAGAUAGUGAUAAUAUAGUAAAUAACAAGAUACUAUCAGAAUUUAUUAACAAUCAAAACUCUGAUAUAGCUGAUAACAAUGAUUUUGAAGAUACAAUACAUUCUAAUGGGAAUAAUAUUAAUAAUAAUGUAAUCAUACCUGAAAAAGAAACUAUGAAAGUUAAAUCUAAGAGAGAAGAUGAAAAUAAGUCAAGAGCUAGAAAGGUUCAUAAAUAUGAAGAAUUAAAUAAAUUAAAAAAGUCUAGGAAAUAUAAGAAUCUAAAUAAAAUGAAGGAAAAUAAUGAAACAAUAAAUAGUACUGAGAUAUCAGAUGAAUUUCAACAUAAUGAAGAAUCAACAGAAGUAUAUUCUAUUGAUAAAUCAGUAAUAACAACAUAUUUCUUAUUAAGUGGUUUAUUGAUCAUAGUUAGUAUAAUAACAACAUUGAUUAUUAGAGAUUGUAUAGUUAAUCGUAUAAGAAAUAAGAAGGAUUCAUUUCUUCAGGAAGUAAUGGACACUGUUUUUAGACAAGUAACAUGCAUAUUUGUAGCACUGGCAUUAUCUUAUUGCUUCUUAACUACUAGAAUUGUAGAUAUUGUACGCAGUAUAUUACUAAGACUCCAGAAUUUGAAUACUCAUGGAAUAAUUGAUAAUAUGAAGGAAGAUAUUACAAAUGUAUUAAAUCAGGGAUCUAUUAGUUGGACAGCAGCGAAUUUGAGUGCAAGAUUUAAUGAUGUGAUGAUAAUAAAUAUUGUGAUGUUUGUUUGGUACUGCAUAUUUGUAUUAUACUUUACGAUUUGUGUGAAAAUAUUGGAGAAGUGGAUUCGUUAUGCUGAUGAUACAGACUUAGGAUCACUAAUUAAAGCUUUAGAUAAUAUUAAUCACAUUUUUAAGAGAAGUAGAGAGAUGAAAGUAGAUGAAGCAGAUUAUUCUAGAUCCAGUAAUGGGGUAUGUAAUAAUAUACCAGUAACAAUUUUAGGAAAUUCGAAAGCUUCAAUUGAUAUUAAAAGUUCUGUGACAUCUGUAUCACACAAGGAUGAGAAAUCCCAGAACUUGGAUAAUAGUAUUGUUGAUGAAACAAGGUUACCUUUGCUUAGAUAUAAUACAAGUAUGAUGACAGAAAGCGACAGCUCUACAGAUUUUGAGAAUUCAAAUAUAAAUGAUAUUGGAUAUGAUGUAGGUAUAUUGAACCAACUUGAGGAGACAAUUGAUUUAGAUAUUGAUAAGUCAUCUAUAGGAAGGAAGAAAAAGAGUGGAUUAAUUUUUUCAGGAAAAUCUAAGUCAAAAAAGAUAUUAAUAAUGAAACCUCAGGAGAGUUUAGUAAAAAAAAUAUAUUAUAAAGCAGUUGGGAUUUGGAAUAAUUUUUGGAUAUGGCAAAAUAAACUAUUUUUAACAUAUUCUAAAGCUCAUUUUAUAGCCUUAAGAUAUGACUUUAUGGAUGAAGUUGCAACUUAUAACUACGGAUCUUUCAGUAGCACAGUGAGUGGUGAUACUGUAUCUUCUUUUGAUGGUCCUAAUUCUUCAUGGCUUGUAUCUUUGACAGAUCCUACAACUUCUUUGGUAGCAGGUGUUUAUUUUACUGAAUAUCUGAGAGCUAAACUAUUGAUUCAAGCUAUAACAUUAAUUAGAAUUCCAAUUUCGACUUUGUCAUUUUUGCUUUUGAUAGGUACAAUAGUUUGGUCUAUAUUUACAAAUAAUUAUGAAGAGAAUGGUAAAACCAAUAGUAUUAGUAUGUUCUCUUCGUCUUUAUUUUCAGAGCCUAUGAUAUGCUUUCAAAUCUCAAUAACCUUGUUUGCAUUUUCAUUAAUAAUUUGGCUGAGAUCUUUAAUAAUUAAACAUCAAUUACAACCAAAAAAUUUAUUAGGAUAUUUAAAAUUGAAAUAUAGUUUAGAUGUUGGUAUACCACAACAAGAAAUUGAAUAUGAAGAAGUCAUGCCACGUUAUAAAAAUAAUAAAAUUGAUAUGUGUAUAGGAGAACACUCUUCAUUAUUUUGCAGGCUUAAAAGAUAUUUGAAUUUUAUAUUAUGUGGAACUGCAGCUCCUUCACUUCAUGAUAACUUGUUUUUAUUUAAGCGAAAUGGUCCAGAUUUGCUAUUAAGAUGGUUUCAGGCUUCUUAUUUUCUACAACUUUUGUUAAUAUCUAUAGUUGCACAUCUUUCAUACAUACAAAAGGAUUUAUGGUAUAAUCAACAUCGCUAUAUUACAUUUUCUAUUUGGAUUAUUUUUGGAUUACAACAUUUUUGUCUAGUAUUUAUUAUUUAUCCUCUACUUUUAUGUACUUCUGUAGGCCAAAUGGCUGACAAGGCUGUAUUGGAUGAAGUUUUAAAUAUACAAAAAAGUCAAAAUAUAGAACGUCUAUUGCAAGUUGCAGAGGCUUUAAGGUUUGCAAGUUUUAUGUAUAGUUUCACAAAAGGUAAUGAUGAAUAUAGAGAAAUUCAAAGAAGACAUUAUAGUUUACUUUCAAAAACAGCCCCUUGGGAUCUACAAAUCAAAUGUAGAAAUACAAUGAAUUAUCUUAUUAGCAAUGUACCAAUUAAGACAAAGGAUAUUAAUAAUUGGGCAAUUGAUAUAUAUACGAUUAAGUACUUUUUAAUAUCUGAAGGCUUAUAUUACUGUGCAGAACAUGCUGAAGAAAUUCUCACGAUUUUUGAUUAUGAUAAAGAUAAUUAUUUAGAUGAUGCUGAAUUUUCUGUUUGUUAUUAUGCUAUUCAGCAUUAUUUUAUGGGAGAUCUAGAUGUUUCUAUACUAUUGGAUUAUCUUGAAGUAAAUUAUGGUGUUAAUCCAACAUCUUCUACAGGUAUAGAUCUUCAAACAUUUACAUCUUUAGUUAAGAAUCUUGGACUUGGAUGGUCUAAUGGGCAAAUUAGACAUGCUAUGAUAUUUUUAUCAGGGGAACGAAGUUUAUCUGCUCUGUAUCUAGCAUCUAUAAAUCGACAAUCACCUAAAAAAGAAACUAGAAACAAACGGAGAUUUGUACUAUCUGUUAAAGUUAAUGAUUUCAUAAAUAAACUGAUAACCAUAGGAAGUGGAAUACCCAGUAAUAUUGCAAAUAAUUAUUAUAGAACUACUACUAGGGGUUCAAUACAGUCAUUUAUUCAUCCGAUUGAAACAUCCACUUCUCAAAAUAAGGAUACUCAUAUAUAUGAAGAAGCAGAAAUAGAAAAGUACAUUUAUAGUGAUAGCAAUAUAGAAGAAGAGAUUACAGAGAAAGUUUGA